AUGUCUAGUUCCUUUGAAAUAUUUGACAAAGAGAAGGCUGGGAAAGCCGAUGCUAUGAGAAGGUACAACAGAAAGAGAAACUUGUACUCCUUCUUGGAAACUGUGGGAGCUUUAGUCUUGCUUUGGUGCUCCUUCUCUUGCUUCCCUGUCAUAACACAUACGGCCUCUCGUUAUCUCUCCUUUUUUAACCAGAAAAUCUAUGCUUUUGUGCUUGCAAACGUUUUCAUUCUAAUCGUCGUCUACCUUUCAUCUACAAAACCCAAUAACAAUGACCAAAGCGGCACUCCAAUCCAAACCGAUAUCUACGACGAGUACGUUUCCUUCUCCACCUCCUCUCCUCAGUGGAAAACUACCACCGGAGAGGACAAACAGUUUGUUGUUUCAUCGCUUCAAGAGGAACCAGUUCAAGCAGAAGAGAAGAGUCCAGUUCGUGAGAAAGAUACACUCGACGACGAAAAACAAAUUGUUUGCUGCGAGAAAACUAACGAUGCUGCCAAUGUUGAUGAAAUGGGAAAAAAUCCAGUUCGUGAUCUUACAGUGUUCAAAGAGGGGAAGUUUUUCAGGAGGACGCUAUCAGGGAAACAUGGGAAAGAGAAAAGGGAAUAUUCACGAGAGUUUCGAAGAUCGGAGACGGAGAUUGGAAGGGAAACGUUGACUGUAGUCCGUACUGGUGGCCUUAAUCAUAAUACUCCGGGAGCCGCGAGAAAGUCGAUGCUGGAGAUGAAUAAUGACGAGUUCAGGCUUACAGUUGAGAGAUUUAUUGCUACUAAGAAGAAGAUUUUGAGAGAGGAAAGUAUUGCUUUGUCAAGUGAGGAAAAGGAAGAAUAUUUAGCUAUUAAUUAUAGAUAA